GUCAGCAUUCAGUGCAACUUAUAUCAUGACUCAGAAAACCCUUCAUUGGUCGGUAGGCAAUAACUAUAGCAACCAGACAUAUAGCGGUUUAACACCGCGUAUAAAAUUUCCGUAUACCCCAUAUUUACCCGACACUAUAUCGGGUAAAAGGUUAACCUGAAUCAAUUUAUUUUGAAUAUAUUGAAUCGUGACGGUAGAACUAGUAGAAUUUAUUUUAAUACAGCUAUGAGUGGUUCAAGUAUUCGGGCUUUUUCUAUGGAAGUUGAUAACAAAAACAUAGCAGUUAAGGACGACUCUUGUUAUAUGGAAAACCAGGUUGUAUACUGCAAGUAUUUGCGAAAAUAACCCAGAAAACACUUUAGUUAUAGUGAGUAAUCUAGACCCAAAUAUCAAUUUUUAGAAAAAGUAUUGUGGGUGGUAUAUUAUCUGUUGUUGAAAUAACCUCGAGAGAAUUCGAUCUUAUUAAGUACUUAACCGUAGCAUCUGCUGCUGUGGGUACGUUCAAUGAGGAUGGUUACUGCAACAGUUUUAUAUAAAAAUAUAACUAGCCUACACUUUCAAUAAAUGCAGUGAAGCAUCUAAAUUAUGUAUAUCAUAGCUUGUAAUGGAUUAACCUGAACCCAAAACUCUGUCUAUAAUGCCAUUGUUUAUCUUACCAAUGUUUUAUGCCUGAAAAUUUGAUCCCAUGAAUUAGCGUAGUUUUUAUAUAUACCUAUAAAGAAUCUAAUGUAAGUAAACUAUGAUAUAUCAUUCACUUCCUGUUUCUGUGAUGCCUUCAUUUCAUAUUCAUCCACUUUUCUUGAAAUUUGAAAGGAUAUUGACGGAAGUUGACGAUCUUGACUAUUUCUCCCUUAUUUAUCCAUUCGUACUACUACAUAUCUAGAUAAGGUGUUAACUAAACCAAUUAUUUUGACAUCUAUUUGGUUAUAUAGCCACAAAACAUAUUGUGCUAUCUGACUUAAAGGGACUUCGUCCACAAAUUCUUUAUCGUGUUUUUAUUUCUAAGGUGGUUAUCUUGUUUUGAUACUUUGAAAUUUUCUUUUCCAAGAAAUUAUUUCUGUUUGUAGAAGUACUUAUUGAAUAUUUUCGACUCCUCACCUUUUUCUAUUCACAAACCACUUAGUGGAUCCAAGUAACUUUCAUAAGUUACAAAAAUGUUUCACGAAGUAACUAGGUGUUAUUCCGUUUUGUACGUUGGAACGCAAAAUUUGGCCGUGUUGAUUCGACUUGUAAAGUAUACAACUUUCAACUAUCUGGUCUCUAAGCUUUAUUGACAAAUUUUACUCAAAGUCUAAACAUAAAUGUUCUUUUCUGACCUUAUUUUGUUUAUUGUUAAACCCAAACUAGUGUACCAACUGACAAGGAUCACAAUAUUUCGUCAAAUUAUUGUAAAUUCACAUGGAGAAUGUUUAGCCAGCGAAAUUCUGUUUACACUCCCUGGCCAAAGUCUGAAGAAUUUUCGAAAUGUUCUCAUUGUUUAAACACUUAUUUCACAAUGUCUUCUUCUCGGCAUAUUUACUAUGUCGCUCGUGAAAUGUUUCCCGCCUGUCUUUUGGCAGGUGUUGGAAUGGUAGUUGCGGGAUGUUAUAUUGAUAUGCUGAAGUCCUCCGGCACUUUAACUUCGAAAGAGGAAAGUAUUUUUGAGAUCAUCCCACCAAUUCUUGGACUGAAAGGAAAUUUAGAAGUUGCUCUUUCCUCUCGACUAGCUACUGUGGUUCAUUUUCGAAGAAAGCUUAACGAACUAUCUUUCUGGUUGUUCACAACUACUCUGGCUUUUAUACUUGUUCUUGCUGUGUUUGCAAGCACAAUUAUACCUUUAGUGGUAAUAACGUUACAUAAAUCAUCGGGUACAUCUCAUUUCCCUGUUGAUCUUGUUCAUCUUAUCUGCAUUUCAUCAAUGACUUGCAUUUGUGCCACGUGUUUUAUAGGCGUUGUUGUUUACGCGAUAGUAUGUGCUUGCGUCUUUUGCGGAGCGAAUCCUGAUAAUGUUGCUCCACCCGCAGCCGCCGCUUUGGGUGAUCUUGUGACUGUUUUGAUUAUUUCACAUGUGAACUAUUACUUUAUCGUGCAUCCAACUUUGACUGUCACCGUUGCCGUGUGCAUGAUUUCUGUGGUUCUUAUUUUGAGUAUAUCUUAUUUAUUAUAUUAUUCAAAUGUCAACGUAUCUGGUGAUCUUCUCAGUCUUAUUAUUACACCUAAUACUUUUAAAGAAACUAUCAUUCCUUUAACUCUUGCAAUUAUCAUGAGUAGCAUUUGUGGGAAUAUAUCCGCCCGAUUUCUGAUAGAUUGGCCUAUUAUUGCGCGCCUUCAAGUCCCAAUAAAUGGUGUGGGAGGGAUUUUUGGUUCAAUGUUAAUUAGCAGAAUGACAACACGCCUGCAUUCAAUAACUUGUUCAAAAAAGCCUCCUCUGAAGGAGUCGUUCAUUGUUUCUCCAACAUCUGGUCUAGUCACGGUUGAAAAAGUCAACACUGUGAACUCUGAUAGAAAAUCUACAACUCAUAAUUCACAUUUCUACACAUCAUCUCAGUCAUUCGGAACAUCGGGGUCCUGUAGAAAAGUACUUGAAAUUCAUACUGAUGUUUCACGGGUAUCUAAACUUAUCAGAUUCCUGUGUGUCCCGUUACAUUUUACCUUAACUUUAGUCAGUUUAACUGUCAGUUAUUAUUUAAAACAGGAUAAUUCUCCAAAGAUCACAUCACCUCUGCAGUUUGACAUUUUAUUUCCUUACCUCAUCGCUGGAUUCAUACAGAUAUGCAUACUUCUCGAGUUUGCGAAAUGGAUUGUUUUCAAACUUUGGAAAUAUUUGCAUUCUACAAAACAUUUAAACUCUCAUGAUAAUGUUAUAUCCUUAGCAUCAAUUGAUUUCUCCGCUAUAGCUGUCACUACCGGUGCAGGUGAUUUGAUUGGAACAAGUUUAUUCAUUCUAUUUCUAUCUAUUAGUAAAUGGAUUAUAAGCGGUUGAUUUUCUUUUCGUUUUUUUUUGUGUGAUCAUUCUGUACAGUUAGUUCUUUGAUGCUUAUAUUUCGUUCUUUGUUGUAUAUAUGAAAAUAUUAUUCUCCUUCUUUCAUAUUAACAUGAUUGAUAUAACAGUUAUUUGGACGAAUUAAAUCUUCUAUACUUAUGUAAUAUCUUAUAAAGUUUUUUACAUCAUGUCAGUAUAAUUUUCAGUAAUUUUUCUACAUGUUUAUCUUAAUGUCGAGAAACAUUUAAAGGGAAUAUUGUCACUAAAUAAGUUGUGAUACUUUUUUGUGUAUUUUGCUAAUAUUAUAAGGUUUAGAAGUUUAUAUUUUCAACUGGAUCUUGAAGGGGUUUUGUGAUGGUAAUGGUUCUUUCCUUUGAUUAUUAGAAUUUGUUACUAUUCAAUUAUAAUGUUUCUGUUGAAAUUAUAAUCAUUCAUUUGUAUUCUCUCUAUUUUCCUCUCCGUUUACAAAUAUUCCACUGUGUUUAUUUAUACCUGUUGAUCCGAUUAAAUCUAAAAUUUUUAAAAAUAUAAUUGAAUUAUGC